AUGUUGGAGAAAAGAAAUGGUGGGUUUGGAGGAGUCAUGGAUUUUAGCGGUAUUCAAUCUGAAGCUCGCCCAGUCACAGAUACAGAUACAGCUGGUGUUUGUCGCGGUGACAGUGACAAGAUGAACAACAGUAUAGAAAACUUGACUUCACGAACUUUUUGCCUGGGAGAUCAAACUGUUAUCCAAAAGCCUCUAUCUAGAAGAGGCAGAGGACCAGGGUUAUUGAUCUUAGUAUCGGAGAGUUAUGCUGUACGAACUGACCGAAAGACACUCGAUCCAGAGCCAUGUCAGAAAUGGGCAGAAGAAGGUUUUGUUGUUGUGAAUGUUACAAUUCCUGAUCACGAAUUAGGGGCUGGUGAAACAGACUUGAGACCUUACCUAGAUUCGGGUGUGCAAGCUCUUAAAUCAUCACCAGAAUGUACUGAUCCUGACAAAUUGGGACUCAUUUUUUAUGCUGAAAACUUGGAUCAAAGCGUACACACUGAUAUUGUCAUCAAAUGGAUACACCAGGGAAUAUUCUUGGUCGCUACUAUCUUCACCGAUGAUACUAAAAAACUCAUUGAAACACUUACACAUGCAUCUAUGCCUCCAUUUAUGAUUCACAGCUCCAAGAGCUUACAUGACCCUUCAUUGAGAGCUGAUGAUGUCGCUCAUGUAUAUGAGGCUACAAAAUCAGCAAACUUCAUUCUCCCUAGUCAUGAUUACUACGAUCCUGGGGCUGCGAGUGUGGCACAUACGAGGAGUCUUGGAUUCAUCAAAAAACACCUUGGUGGACCCAUUUUUGAUCUCGAAGCUAUUUGGGAUGAGCACACACUCUAUGAAUUUGGUGAACGAGAUGUUGGGAAAACGAUGAGUACCAUGGUUGACCAGCCAUAUGUAAAUCAUAUUCCAACGAUGACUGGUGGCAUUGGGAGGGGACCUUUGACAGAGUUCUACAGCGAUCACUUUGUAUUCAGUAAUCCGGAAGAUACAAAGCUUGAAUUGGUCAGUCGUACCGUUGGUGUCGAUCGAGUCGUUGAUGAAUUCAUUUUCAGUUUCACGCAUAAUAGAGUGAUAGAUUGGAUUCUCCCAGGAGUUCCGCCAACAAACAAACAUGCGCGAAUUCCAUUCACUUCUGUCGUUAACGUUCGUGGUGAUCGUUUAUAUCAUGAGCAUAUCGCCUGGGAUCAAGCUACCGCCCUUCGACAGCUCGGUCUCCUACCCGAGUAUCUUCCCUUCCCAUAUCCUCUUCCUGAUGGCCGAUUGCCUGCUGAGGGUAAGCGAUUUGAAUAUCGAGUUCCGACGGCUGGGGUGGAAACCGCCCAAAAAUUGGUCGACGAGAGUAGUGUGGUGAGCAAUGAAUUAUUCGGAUUUGACAUUCGAGAAGUGGAUGACGUAUAA